AUGCGGAAUCGACCCUAUCCAGUGCUCAAGUGCUCAAGUUCACCGAACCAGUUCACCAACCAGUUCGCCAGUUCGCGAACUCGAAAGGCUGUAAAGGGGAAGCUGUGGCUGUCGCAAUUUGCUUCUUUCUUCGUCAGGAAAGCAGAUUUCUUUUUCCAAACUCUCAGCGGCUCUCGCCGGGCGCUCAUCAUGGCUGCCUCCGGCUCCUCGCGUCGCAAGAAAAAGGCGCCCGGCUCGCUGCUGAACAAGUUGUUUGCCCUCGGCUGCCUCGCUUCGCUGCUGCCUCUCUACUACGAGUACCACUACACCACUCGCUCUCGCGAGCACCUGCCCCACGUGCCGCACGAUGACCCAUUCAUUCGCGUCAUCGACGCGGCGGGCCCAUUCGACGAGCCAGGCAUCAACCACUCGACGGUGUGGCGGCACCACCCGCGCCAUCGCGUGUCCGCGGCAGUGUCGUCACUGGGCGGUGCAGCGGUCGAGGAGGACGCAGAGGGCGAGAGCAGAGGCCCGGAGGACAAGCUCAGCGCAUCCGCCGCGUCCGCCGCGUCCGCCUCCGCCUCCGCUGCCGCCUCCACCGCCGCCGCCACUGCGCCCGCUGCAGCCGCCGCAUUAGCAAAGGCGGAGCCCGGUCCCGCCAACGCCAGCACGGCGCGCAUCAGCUCCCCGGCUGCGGUGCCGGUUGGCGGGACCGGCUCCUCUGCCAACGCCUCCGCACCGCGCCGCGACGACGCAGACGACGAGGCCUUCCUGCGCGCGGCAGACGCGGCAGCGGACGUGGCGGCAGCGGCGCGGCAGAGUGGCUCUCGCAACGCGAGCCGCAUCUGGCGGGUCGUGCCGGGCGGUGUGCGCGAUGUCGUCGAGACGCUACCGGGCGGCGGAUCUCGCACGUGGGUCAUCGAGGACGCGCCUCGGCCGCAGUUCGAGAAGGGGGAGUGGGUCUCGGACGGGGCGCACAAGCUCGGCCCGCAAGCGCGGCGCGAGCUGCAAGUGCUCGUCGCCCCGCGCUGCUCGGGCCUGCUGUCCGAGUCGCACGCGCUGCACUUCUCGCGCAAGGCGAGGAGGGAGGCGGCGCUGAAGCUCUCCUUCUACGUCGCCUUCAUGUUCCGCUCGCGCGCCGCGCUGUCGAUGCUGUCGAUGCGCUUCCUCUCGCUGGCGAUGAUGCGCUUCGUGCUCGCGUCGAAUGAACUGGCGAUGAUGCUCUUCAUGCUCGCGUCGAUGAACGCGGCCAAGCGAGAGCAGCAGCGGCGGCUCUACGCGCUGCACGGGCUCGCGCGGCGUGCUGAGCUGGCGCUGCACGGGUACGACGAGCACGGCCGACCGCUGCGGCGCGGCCCGCUCGGCUCCUCCGCGCCGCUGUACGCGUCCCUCGCCGCAUACCCUGAGCUGGGCGUCCGGCGGGAGGCGGAGGCGGAGGCGUUCUGGGACUCGUUCGAGUCGGGCCGGCGAGGCAGGCUCCGGACGUACGACGAGGGCCCGCACGGGCUGCUGCUCCAGAUCCUCGCCCUCGACGAGAUGCUCACGCGGCUGCGCGAAGGGCAGGACGGCGACUUCAGCGACAGCGCGACCGGUGACGAGAGCGACGAGGAUGACCGGCGCUCGCCGUCACCAGACAGGUAGCGCCUGGCUCGCUGCGCGCUUUCAGCCCCGCGGCCAACCAUAUACGACUCCGCCCGGGGCCCCGGUCCCCGCACGGUGUGUCGGUGUCGUUGCGCACCCCUCUCGACAUGGCCUUCGGAGAAUCGGAGCCCCCCGGCGCCGUGUCGACGAGAGACUCGAAAGACCUCACCCACGAGUCAUUGGCGGGUAUGUCAACAGACUGUAUCCAGUGUGUCU